CCCUCUUGGAAAUGGCAGGUAGCGGCCGCCACUGUGCCCCUCUACGAUUGGCUCGUCGCUCAGGUAAACCAGUCUAUUCGGCCUCUCCUCUACCUCGCGCGACACGGAAAAUUCAGGCUACGCGAACACCGUUCCUACCUGUACACACGAUACGAAAACUCAACUCUGGCGACAUAUGUGCACACGUAGCGCGUCGUGAUUCAAAUUCUCCCUGUUCGUACAUUCCCCGAAGGCUGUGAACUCACUCUAAAACUCCCCAAGAAGUUUCAGGCGAACUGCAAAAAGUCGAAAAAGUUCAAAACAAACGCGCCAACUUUUGACAUGACACCGCUCGUCGUUUGUUUUCACCGUGUCGCGAUCCAAUCUACCGUUGUUGUUUUUCUGUGAAGUGUGUUGUGAUGUUAAGUUGUGUUUGUCUCGUUUCUACAGACUAGAACUUCCGUUUCGCGUGAGAUGAUGUGAUAUCCAGCUUGCACCUGGACCGAAAGUUAGGUUAAGUCUACUGAAAUCUGUGAUAACUCCCGGGAACACGCUUGAAUCAAACAGGUGUCACGUGGCAACAUGUCGGAUAUCGUUUGUUUGUAAACUAUCCGAAAGAAAAUCGUGUAAAUGAGCAUAAAAGGCCUAAACAUGAUCGGGCCCCACUACGUAUGCGUUCUAUACGUGGCAACGGCUGGCCUUCAGGGCCCACUUAUGGGCUCUGAUGAACAGGAGAUCGUACUGCUCAUCUAUGUGAUUGUCGACGUUGUACAUAAUAAGAUCGAUAGUCCAAGAUCUGUUGUGCCACGGAAAGCCCAUAUGUUUACGUGGAGGGAAUAA